AUGACGGAUCGUCCUGAGUCGGCAGGCUCCCGGGAGUCCAUUCCCGGCUCCAACCUAAGCCAGCUGGCAACGCCCUCCAUCGACAUGGAACACGCGGCAACUUAUCCAUUGCAACGGGAUCCAGCACGUCAGAGUCAGAGUGCUGCCACAGUCGCCAGUUGGAUGCCAUCGUACCCUGAUGGGCUUGACAAUGAUGGGGGAUCUCCCAAGGUCGGGGCUCGCUUUUCGUCCAGGUCCGUGAAGAUCCUUCGCAAUUGGUUUGCAGACCACGAAAGCCACCCUUAUCCGUCCUCCAAGGAAGUCGAGAUGCUCCAGUUUCAGACUGGUCUUUCUGGACAGCAAAUCACCAACUGGUUUGGAAAUUUUCGACGACGCUACAAGUUCCGAGCCUUGCGACCAGUGUCGCUCGAUAUCCGCAACUGGGCCGAACCCCCACCCAGCACCCAAGGCGCAACCAACAUCCCGCCGAGGCGUCCGACACCCGUUCCAAUGGAACACAUGAACCCAUUGCAGCGCUGGGAGAACUCACCACCCCAACAUGAGGCGGCAGCCGUGUCUGACAUCUCCCGGGCCGUCGCUGCAUCAGUUGGAUCACCUUCAGCUUUUGCUCCGGCACGACCGCGCACAUCUGAGUGGUCGGGAAGGUCGACAGGGACUGCAUCGUCUGUCAGUAGUACAGGGACAUCUUGCUCCAGUAGGGACUCUGGAUCGGCCUCCUCCCACGCGUCUCACACUUCUCUGGAGUACCUGAAGCGCAGCACCAACCGCAGGAGGCGUGGCACGACACAUCGGCGACAGAGGGGAAACUGGUUGAACCAGCUUCAGGUAUCCGGCCGUUACCAGUGCACAUUUUGCACUGAAUCAUUCAAGACCAAGUACGACUGGGAGCGCCACGAGAAGUCGCUUCAUCUAGCGUUAGAGGCGUGGGUUUGCUCACCUCAAGGAUCGGUAGUGACACACCCCGACGAGGGCUUGCUCUGCGUCUACUGUGGUGAUGCCAACCCGGAUCAGGCUCACUUAAAAAAGCACAACAAUUCUGCCUGUCUAGAGCGACCUUUUGAAGAGAGGACAUUUUACCGGAAGGAUCAUCUCCGACAACACCUUAAGCUAGUGCAUAACGCCAAGUAUCUUAAGUGGCCUAUGGAGGCGUGGAGGACCGCGAUUCAGGAUAUCCACUCCCGAUGUGGAUUCUGUGGUAUUGAGAUGGAGUCGUGGAGUAGCAGGACUGACCACUUGGCCUCACAUUUCAAGGAUGGCCGUACUAUGGCAGACUGGACGGGUGACUGGGGGUUCGAGCCUUCGGUCAUUGAGAUGCUUGAUAAUGCCAUACCUCCAUAUCUCAUCCAUUACGAGAAGAACUCACCUCUGCCCUUCUCGGCUCUGGCCGGUCCCGCAGACACGCCAAGCAGUGCUUACGAACUAAUCAAGUUGGAGUGGGAGUAUUACAUGCGAGACUACCAUGAUACUCACGCCGAGGAUCUAUCUGACGAGAAAAUGCAAUACGAGGCUUGCUCAAUUAUUUUUGGAGCCGAAGCCAUCUCGGAAGACCACCCAUGCCCCGCUCCGUCAUGGCUGCGCGACCUUUUGAUGGCGAAUCACGACGUCGCCGAACAGGCACGCAUCCAACCCAUGAAUCAACUUACCAAAUCUCGCAUGAGCCCACUGAAGAUUAAUGGGAAGAGGAAUAUCUUUGAGGGCUGUGAAUUAGAAGGGUCGCUCUGCCGGUAUAUCGGCAUGCACAUCAUCCUGGGACUGCAGCUCUCUGACCAUGACCUCCAGCAGGAAGCGUGCCAUGCCAUCAGUCGUCUCGAAACUCCUUCUCCAAACCCAUCUAAGCGCUUUAUGGAAUUCCUGGUGAGACUAAUCUGGGAUUCUACUGAAUGGCUGGGGCCUUUGAGAGAACGAGGGCGGUUCUACUCCGAGAGGGAAAUAACAGAUGCAUACCCUCAUCCGCUAGACAUGGCCCACCUCGACUCUUUCAUGGGACAAGCUUAUCCGAUAGAUCCUCAACAGGGUCCCUUUGGAACAUUCAUACCAAGUGAACUACCCAACCUGAUAGCAGGCUUGGAACAGUCUGAGACUCCUCAGCUCCCAACGAGCCUGCUCUGGACCCCGGCCCUAAAGACUGCCCAACAUUCCAUGCAGCCUUUUGCUGAGCUGCCUCCUAGCCCCUGGGCUCCCGCCAUGAGCGAGUCAACAUUCAAUUCCUCUUAUGUCAGCCCGCCCAUCAACUCGAUAUCCGUCACACCCUUCUUCCUCAACGACAACAACAGCUAUCGUCGGCUGACAAGGGAGCUGUCCCGCUUUGUGGCUAGUUGCAUGUCGCCCAACAACCCAAACAGUCAUGUACCGAGUGACGAGGAACUAAAGUAUCAAGCGCGCUGGAUUCUUUAUGACGAUGAUGAUCCUUGGAACCAAACCCCUGUUGAUAACGUCGAGUGGCUAAACGAGUUCAAAAGGAGCGUCGGUUUAUCGGUGGAUGCUUUAAGCCAGAUGACUACCCCUCUACCGGCCAAAUGA